AUGUCGAAGAAACCCAGCGUAUUAUUCGUCUGCGUCCACAAUGCCGGUCGCUCCCAAAUAGCCGCCGGCUACCUUUAUCACCUCGCCGGUGACGCCAUCGAAGUCCGCUCUGCCGGCUCCGCCCCCGCCGAGUCCACCAACCCGGUGGUAAUCGCAGCAAUGCGAGAAGAAGGCAUCGACCUCACGGGCCAAAAGCCGAAAAUGCUCACCCCCGAUGCUGUUCAAAGCAGCGAUGUGGUCAUCACGAUGGGCUGCGGCGAUGUUUGUCCUGUCUUCCAAGGGAAGCGGUAUCUGAAUUGGGAGCUGGAUGACCCGGCUGGGCGAGGCAUGGAGGCCGUACGGCCGAUCCGGGAUGAGAUCUGUCGUCGUGUGGAGGGUCUUAUUGCUGAGCUUCUGCGGGAUGGCUGAACUGCACUUGUGCGUGGUUGCGGUGAUGGCGAUGGCGAUGGCAAUAGUAGUGGGUGGCUUUAU